AUGGAACAGGGAAGCUACGGGUGUGGUGCACCCACCUAUGAACCCUCUGUGAGCCGUGUUGUAAAUGGUGAAGAUGCCCGCCCGUAUAGUUGGCCCUGGCAGAUCUCUCUGCAGUAUCUCAGUGGCUCUUCGUACCGCCAUACCUGUGGAGGCACACUAAUUUCUCCCAGCUGGGUCAUGACUGCUGGCCACUGCAUCGGACCUCGUACCUACCGCGUGGUGCUUGGGGAGUAUGACCUUACCACACAGGAGUACAAUGAGCAGAUCAGAUCUGUGGGGAGCAUUGUGGUGCAUCCUGAUUGGAACGACAGCUGCCUGUCUUGUGGUAAUGACAUUGCCCUGAUCAAGCUGGACGCGCCUGUCACUCUGAACGACAAGGUCCAGCCCUCCUGUCUGCCAGAGAGCGGGGAGGUUGUGCCCCACAACGAGCCCUGCUACAUCACUGGCUGGGGACGGCUCUACAGUGGUGGUCCCAUUGCCUCUAAGCUCCAGCAGGCUCUUCUUCCAGUGGUUGGCCACAGUGUCUGCAGCACCAGCAGCUGGUGGGGAAACUCAGUCAGGCCCACUAUGGUUUGCGCAGGGGGAGACAUCCGCUCUGGCUGCCAUGGGGAUUCAGGUGGUCCGCUGAACUGUAAGGGUCGUGACGGCAGAUGGUACGUGCAUGGGGUGACCAGCUUCGUCUCCUCCCGUGGCUGUAACACCAUCAGGAAGCCCACGGUGUUCACUCGUACUUCCUCCUUCAUUAAGUGGAUCAGUGAUACGAUGCUGCAUUACUGA